UUUGUGACAACUUCCGUGUGUGACAACUAGCCCCGGUCUCGCCAAUAACGUACUGUCGGUUAUUUCGAGGCCAGAAAGCGUCUGACAAACAUAACCUAUUUUUCUUAGAAGGUGUCCAAUAAGGGUUAGUUUCGAUGUUUUCUCCACGCCUCCACGCAGACACGAAGAAUAAAACCGCAGUGCAGACUCGUGUGAUGAUCAUAUGACCGCCUGAGAUUCAACAUGGCUCGCGUGUUUCUCUUUUAUCUGUUUGCUCUGUCGGGUGUUUUCGCCGGACAGUAUUUUAACGAGAAUGAGCCCUGCUACAGACCCCAGCCGAGGAGAAACCUACAAGGAGUUAAGACUGGACCACGUCCUUAUGAAUAUAUGAAUUUAAAAGACCUCCCCAAAGCAUGGGACUGGAGAAACAUUGAUGGCGUCAACUACGUCAGCACCACACGCAACCAACACAUUCCACAAUACUGCGGCUCCUGCUGGGCGCAUGGAAGUACUAGUGCUAUGGCAGAUCGGAUCAACAUCAAGCGGAAAGCAGCAUGGCCAUCUGCCUAUCUCUCUGUCCAGAACGUGAUUGACUGUGGCAACGCAGGUUCCUGCAAUGGUGGAGAUCAUUCUGGUGUUUGGGAAUAUGCACACAGUAAUGGCAUUCCUGAUGAAACCUGCAACAACUAUCAAGCCAAAAAUCAGGACUGUAACACCUUUAAUCAGUGUGGAACCUGCACAACCUUUGGCGUGUGUAAUGUAGUAAAGAACUUCACUCUCUGGAAAGUCGGAGACUAUGGCUCAGUCAGCGGGCUGGACAAGAUGAAAGCUGAGAUCUAUUCUGGAGGACCCAUCAGUUGUGGAAUCAUGGCAACAGAUAAGCUGGAUGCGUACACAGGUGGUGUGUACUCGGAGUACGUACAGGAUCCCUAUAUAAACCACAUUGUAUCUGUAGCCGGCUGGGGCGUUGACGAAAAUGGAGUGGAAUACUGGGUCAUCCGUAAUUCUUGGGGAGAGCCAUGGGGAGAGAAAGGCUGGCUCAGAAUAGUCACCAGCGCAUACAAGGGCGGCAGUGGGAGCCAGUACAACCUCGCCAUCGAAGAGGACUGCAUGUAUGGAGACCCCAUCCUACCCAAAAACUACCUGUAGAUGGCUAUGGCAUGUUCUUCACAUGCAAACGCAGUUUUAGAUUUGCCAAAAAUGAUUUUUUUUGUAUGCUGCCUAAGAUCAGUUGCCGAAGUUUGGUUUUAAUCGUUUUUAAUCUCAGGAAUGUUUCAUCAGAAAUUGUACAGAAUUGUUUCUGUAAUUCUGCAUUCAUAGGCCUUCUUUUUUUAAUGGUUUUCUACACUACUUAAUGAACAAAAAGGGAAAAGUAAUUCACCCUUCUUUUUUUUUUUUAUACCAGGACAUUUCAUAUUUUAGGGUGUUUUAAAUGGACCGACCUCGGGCCAAAUGGUCAUCUAAUGAUCUUGUUUUGCUAUGUUGUAUUAAAAGCAAACAUCUCUUUCUGAUGGGGAUUUUGCUUUUAAUGCAUCUGUCAAACCAUGUCAACAUGUGAAGCCAUGGAUCAGUUUAAUCAAUGCACUGUUUUCAAUCACACUCUUCAAUAAAAGUCUUAUCAAGUUCUA